AUGAACGCAACGACGCCUCUAUAUCAAGGAUAUAAACGUUUUCAGAUGACGUCGUCGGCUUACUUGCUGGCACCUAGAAAAGACGUUAGUCACGUUAAAAUGACAGGCAACGUGAGGUGUUACGUCCGCGUAGCGGCCUAUAUGAAAACUGAGGCUAACAGACUUACGUAUCGUAACGUAACGCAGCUGAAGAUAAGAGCAGAAUUAUCGUCAGGCGUACGGGAUCACUUAGAUACGCAAGAACAAACGGAAGGACGUAAAGCUGGUAUACCAGUACGCGUACCAUCAUCCGUUCGGGGAAGUCCAAAAACGAUGCAAGAAAGAUAUCAAGCGGCACGGUCUCGGGUAAGAAAGUUUGAGAAACCAGACCGCUUUUUAACAAUGACCGGCACGCCACAGUCUCCGUCACGUAAGGAAACGUUUGUGGGCGGUCAAGUAGACGCGCGUCCAGCGUUAGCAGCAAAAAUCUUUAACUUGGAUGUAAAAGAACUGCGGAGAGAUCUACGGCAAAAGAAACGUUUCGGAAAACACCGAGCUUAUGUAGGUGUACGUGAGUUCCAAAAAAGAGGCGUACCACCGUUGCCGUUACUUGCACGGUUAGGUGCGGAAAAAAAGCCAAGGCCGGAAAAACGUCGAGAUAAGAUGGUAUGGACUGAAAUCCCUGCGGAAGAAAGGUCGCCAGAGCUUACGGCACGGGUUUUAAGGCCGCGGUGUCACGGAUCAUGUAGCGACAGAUCGAGAAGAUAUCCUUGUCAAGGGAAAGAUGGAAAGUGUACAAAAGGCUAUCCAAAAAACGUUAGAAAGGAAACAGAAGCAACGGAGACGGGCGAUCUUCGGUAUCAAAGAAAGACGCGAGGGAAAAAAUACAGAGUAAGAGGAAAAGAACGUACGACGCGCGGAGUAGUGUCCUCGUCGCUAUAUUUGUUACGGAACGAUGCGCGGCACCGGACGUUGGAAAUAUGUUCCGCAGUAAAGAGUGUUGACGACUUCGACAAGUACAUUCACAAAGGAUUUGCGUGUGCUGCACGUAAGGUGCAAACAAAAGACGGAACGAGACUACGUAAACGAGAUAAGGUAAACGCCGUCAUGGAUGCAAGCGAUGUUGGUACACCAGAAGCACGGUGGAGACUGAACGGACAUGAACGGUUUAUGAAGUCUCCGACAGUACGAAGACUGGCAGUUCCGUUGCCUACGCGUCAACGGAUAUAUUUUAAAGAGGGAACGGAAGAGCAAGCAGCACAAAGUGCGCAGAAAAGGGACACUACACUUACUGCAUGGUUUAACGUGACGCAAGAUGAUGAAAGAACGAGACCGUUUGUCGACGCAGAGCGUGCGUCACACAUGGUGUAUGAAAAGAAAGAAGCAAACGGGAAAAAGGAACAGAAAAGAUCUGUUCCAGAUUCGAUACAGUAA